CAAUUGCUAAAACACUAAACCCGGUUGUCUGAACCAAAUGCUCAGUGCCCUGAACCCAUUUAUUGAAAUGGUCAAUCUUUUGGCAGAACCUUAAGCACUUUUCACCUAGUUAGACACUUGCAACAACAACUUGCAAACAUAUUUUCACCCACUAAAACACAUUUGGCACUCUGAUGCACUUGGGCUGCAUAAUGUUAAGCACAGCUGGCAAAAGGGAAAUUCAAUGAAAGCACAGGUGUUUCAACUUAAACACUGCAACUCAAAAUUGAUAACACAUGUGACUAAUGAGGUGAAGACACCAAUAUAAGCCAGUCCAUGGGGCCCUGUUUGUUGAAGUCUCACUAUGGACAGAAACAAUCAGAGAGGCAGAGUAAGAGUAAGAGGUGGAAGAGGUGGAAGAGGAGGAAGGGGAGGUAUGAGACGAAGAACAAAUAUUUCAGAUGAAAUACGGGCAACUGUCAUAGACCAUGUUCUUGUCCACGGGUUGACAAUGAGGGAAGCGGGACUUCGAGUUCAGCCCAACCUAAGCAGAUUCACUGUGUCCACCAUAGUCCGAAGAUUCAGAGAAGAGAACAGAAUUACCAGAUUGCCACAUCAGGGAGGGAGGCCAUCUAUGUUGUCCCCACGCCAAGAGACCCUCAUUGUUGACAUGGUCCGUCAGAACAAUUCAGUCAAACUCUGUGAAAUACAGCAGAAGAUCAUUGACGACCAUGUUGAUUUUGAAGGCAUCACCAGUAUCAGCAUUUCCACCAUUGAUCGUGUCCUAAAACGCAACAGGAUGCGGAUGAAGCAACUGUACAGAGUACCCUUUGAGCGCAACUCAGAAAGGGUCAAGGAGCAAAGAUUCCACUAUGUACAGGUAGGUGUUCAAUACUGCUGUCUACUCUACAGCAUAAGGUUGUCUUAUGCUGUACAGCUUACAAAGCUAUAUGUAUUUUCCCAUAGAGAGUGUUUCAACUGGAUUCCUCAGAACAACCACAUGAAUAUAUUUAUAUGGAUGAAGCUGGGUUCAAUCUGACCAAAAGGAGGAGGAGAGGCCGGAAUGUGAUUGGCCAACGAGCCAUUGUUACAGUUCCUGGCCAGCGUGGUGGCAAUGUCACUUUAUGUGCUGCAAUCAGCAAUCAUGGUGUUCUCCACCAUCAUGCCACAUUGGGGCCAUACAACACUCAACACCUCCUGACAUUUUUAAGUGAUCUUCGGGAUAUUGUGUUAGGGUUUCAGCAGCAGGAUCAUGAACAGACAGAGCAUCCUGUCUAUGUCAUUGUGUGGGAUAAUGUGAGUUUUCACCAUGCCGUGCAGGUCAGAGAGUGGUUCACUAGAAACCAAGAAUUCCUGAAUGUUUUCCUACCACCAUACUCCCCUUUCCUCAAUCCAACAGAGGAGUUCUUCUCUGCAUGGCGCUGGAAGGUUUAUGACCGACAACCCUACACCAGGGAAAAUCUCUUGCAGGCCAUGGAACUGGCCUGUAAUGAUAUAGGUGUGGAUGCAUGCCAAGCGUGGAUCCGGCACACUAGAAGUUAUUACCCACGCUGCCUGGCAAGGGAGAAUGUGGCCUGUGAUGUAGAUGAAGU